AUGUUCAUGCUGGAGGCCUUCGGACUCCCUGCCAAUCUCACAGUCACCGUUCUACUCUUCCUGCUUCGCGCAAAGAAGCCAGAAGAUCUAGCGCUGCUGCGCGUGCUUUCGCUCAGCUGUCUCGUUUCUACCCUGAUUAGUUUCGUCUAUGACGUCGCUCCCCUCAGUACAGACACCGGCAGCGUCUUCUUUGACGCCCUGGUGUGUGUCCUCUGGAGCACCGGUUUCCUCUACUGGUUCAGUAAGGCCCUCGUCUACUACAGUCUCUUCUUCUUCGCCUUUAACAGGGCCUUUGAGGUUCUGCAGCUGAAGCGUCAUCCCCUCAUUACGGAGAGGCAGCGUCUCGUGGGCUACAUUCUGGUGGUAUUUAUUUGUAGUCUCCUUGCUACGGCGCCUCUGCUAUUGCUAGCGCAACCGCACACGAAGGAUUGUGCCUGUGCGCCACCAACGCAGAACCUUGCUAUCCUCACCGUGGUUUAUGCUCGUGUCUUCUUGUGGGUGGUACUGCUCGGUAUAAUCUGUCCGGCCGUACUCCUCUAUAUCUCCAUUGCGCUACUGUUACGCUUGCGGAGAACAGGGAGAAGGGAUGCACUGACAGAAGAUGAACUGGAACAGCUCGCCUUUCCGGACCCAUUCGGAUCAUCCUCACCCUCCGGCAGCACAGAGGCGGGCGCGGUUCACUCUCCCACCCACGCCAGCCCCCACGAAGGCCACAAGCAUGGCGCCGCGGAGCCUGGGGCGGCCUCUGCGCGUCACGUCUGGUCAGCC